UGUCGCUCAUGUGACUUGCGAGGCUUCUUGCUGAUUGGCCAAAAUCUGACCAGUCGGUGUUGAGCGCGUUUGGUUCAAAAACAGAAAUGGCGACGGAGGUUGUUGCAUCGUUGCUGGAGAGGUCUGACCCCUCCAAGCUUUUCUGCGAGAUAGCGGACCCACAGGAGAGAGGCGAGGCGCAGACUAUGGUGUCUUACCUUAUGGACUGUCGUCAGAAACAGAAGCUCAUGUGUCAGCAGCUUUGUAUGCUGGAUAACAUGAUGGAGUUCUUGGGAGAGCUGAAAUCUCCACUUGAUUUCCUCAAUGACCAGUGUCCUAAAACCUCAGAGAGCGGGGCCCGUAAGAGGUGGAAGGCCUUGAAAAAAGAGUACCAGGACGGCCUGGUGGAGGUGGGGGCUCUGAUCAGCAACUUACAGAAACAAAGUGAACAGCUGCAGGAAAGGAGGGACAGACUGAAGACACUGGCACUCAUGCUGGAGCAGAGGAAGGAGGAAUGCCAAACAGUCGAACGUAUAAAGACGAAGAAGAAUCAAACAGUCAAGAAACAGGUCGUCCUGCAGCUGGAUGAGUCUCUUCAGUCGGCCCAGCAUGCCCUGCGCUCGUGUGACAAGCAGCUAGGCCUGCUCAAGAUGGAGAACGACGCUCUCCAGUCACGCCUGGACAAGUGCACAGAGCUCAGAGACCAGUUAUGGAGCUGCCUGGAGUCGACACAGGGCUUGACGCAGUACAGGGUGAUGUGUGUGAGUCCGUCUGAGAUGAUUGUUGAAUUACGACCUGCCUGCGAGAAACUGGAACCUCUCAAGCUCAGCAUCACCCUCACCCCCCGACGCCACUUCCUCCUGCAGGUGUCUCAGGGCACUGCAGGUCUACUGGAGGAGACGGUGAAGGGUCCUGUUGAGCAGCUGAACGCAGCCAUGCUAGAAGUCAUGCAGCAUUAUGUCAGCCAGGGCGCCAUGCUGUCUGAGAUACAGGCACUACACUCCAGGUUUGCCAUAGACUGGCGUCCGGGCCAGCGGCUGCUUGUUUUCCUGAAGACGGCGUCUGUGGUGUGCCACCUGGCGGUAGGCGAGGGCUACCCUUCUGGUGGCAGUGCCACCCUGCUGGCAGUACGAAAGGAGGCCCGUGAGCACGACAUUGCAUCCCUGCAGCCGCCUUCACAGAACCCUAGCCUGACGGAGUGGCUUGAGUACCUCUCCUCCUGUCCAGAUGUGUGAGCUCAGCCUUCCAAACAAAACAGACAACCGCCAAAACUGCCUUGUGUGAGUCAUUGGAAAUAAUCUUAUGGUAGCCAAAACACGUGUCACAAGUCAAGAUUCAUCUAUAUGAAUCACAAUGAGUCACAUACCAACACGUGAAUCCCCACGUGAAAACGGAAUAUUGUUCACAGAGGUUCACAUUCUAGAGCAUGAUUCUGGAUCCUGCGGUGGAUUCUGAUGAACCCUGAUUGGCUGGGAAUCUCUGAGCGGACGAUGUGCCCCUUUACAGAGUUUCAACUUGGUGUUGACGAUGGGGAUCCCCUGAGCACAUGGCUUUUACCCGCAGUCCUCUGGUUCAUUGACUUUUACAAUUUCUGAUGAUUUCAAAUGACCAUUGAACCAUGUUUGCCCAUGGACACUGCGGGGAGCAUUUGUCCCUUUAACACUUGUGGUGAUUGACAGAUGCAUUGCUCUCCUUUCAUUAUACCACUGACCCGCACCUUCUCCAUGUAUUUGUGAAGUCUGUAUUUUCUGUUUACUAUCUUAUUCUGUAUCUGCUUAUCUACUAUCUUAGUCUGUAUCUUCUAUCUACUAUCUAACCUGUCCUUUACUCUUCAUUCAGACCACUGCUCUGUUCUUUCCUGCUGAUAUUGUUGCUGUGACUUGGUUAAUAAAAUCAGUCCUAUAAAAAUACCAAUCUUGUCUUGUGAUGCAUAUUAGAUUACAUUCAAUUUUAUCAUCAUUGUGCCAACAACAAGUAACAA